ACCAUUUCAACGGCUAUUUGUAGAUGGAAGGAAGUGACGUGUUUGGCCCUCAGACGUUUCCGGUUAGUUACCGCGCACAUUCAAAACAACAGACGGGAGGCGUUUUUUAUGGCAAUUGUUCGAUUAUUUUCUUUUUCAUUUGAUAAAACAUGUCAAAAUUUAAAUUAGGGGCGUGCUGUUCGGUUGUUGGCUGUUCUCUCAGGCCCGGAACUAACUUGCUUUCGGAAAUCAAAGCGUUUAGAUUUCCGAAAACCAAAAACCACCGUGACGCCUGGAUUGCGGCAGUGAAGAGAGAAGGCUGGAUACCAACUAGCAACUCUAGGAUAUGCAGCACACAUUUUAUCUCUGGAAAGCCAUCAGAUGAUCCUCUAAAUCCAGAUUACAUACCAUCAAAGCUUCCUCACAGACCUGACACCUCCAGAAAAAUGGACCGAUAUCAGAGGUCUCUGAGACGAGCAUCAGAGGUCUCUGAGAUGAGCAUUGGAGUUCAGCCUACUGAGGAAGUGCAGGACAUGGACAUAGAUGUAACACAAGUUAAGUCCUUCAAUGAUAUGUGUGUUGGAACAGAUCUCACUAUGAGUGAUAUUGAAGAUAUGCAGAAACUGAACACAUCUUACAAAGAGCAAGUGAGAAGCCUAGAUUCAAAGGUACAAACUCUCACCUGUGAGAGGAAACAACUGAAAUCUGAUGUGGAUUUAAACGAUGAUCAAAUCAUUCACUUCUACACUGGCCUUCGCUCAUCCAAAGUGUUUUUUGCCCUUUUGACAUAUCUCACCACUGCUUGGAGUCCGAGAACACAGAGUCCUCCAACACCUCUCCAGUUUUACUUGGUAUUAAUGAAACUGAGACUUGGCCUCACUCAUAAAGAUCUUGCCUUCAGGUUUCAUUGCAGUUGUGCAACAAUCUCUGCAAUAUUUCACGACUGGUUGAAUGUGAUGACACAGCGUUUCAGCUCUCUAAUUCAUUGGCCUUCUAGGGAAGAGAUUAAAAAAAAUCUUCCUGCCCUGUUCAAAAGCCCCCCGUUCAAUUCAGUGAGGUGUAUCAUAGACUGCAGCGAGAUUUUUAUUGACCGACCAACAUCUCUCAGUGCAAGAACAAUGACAUACUCCAACUAUAAGUCCCACAACACCAUCAAAUUCCUGGUUGGCAUCAGUCCAACCGGGUCAAUCACAUUCCUUUCCCAGUCUUGGGGUGGUAGAGCCAGUGACAAAACAAUCACAAAAUCAUCUGGUUUAAUUGAUCUUUUGGAAGAGGGAGACAUUGUCAUGGCUGACAGAGGGUUCAGUUUCCCUGAGUAUUUUGCUGCGAAAGGAGUCCAGCUACUCAUACCAGCUUCAACCCGUGGAAAGACGCAGCUUUCAGGACAAGAAGUGUCUGUGUCACGUCAAAUGUCAAGGUUGAGGAUUCACGUGGAAAAUGCUAUUGGUCGAAUUAAAAAGUACUGCAUUUUAAGACAAACACUCCCCAUAAACUUGGUGAAGCGAAGAUCAAAAGACACAGUGGCAACUGUAGAUAAAAUUCUUUUGGAACCCAAAGGUCCUACACCAACCAUAGUGUUUAACGGCUCUCCUGUUCCCCUCGAGGCUGAAAGUGUCAUCAUUAACAUGAACAUUAAGAGAGGCAGACAUUGA